AUGUACGCUGAGUUUGUUGGAGAAGACCGUUGGGAAACUUGUUUGUUAGAUGAGAAAUAUGAAAUUCACUGUUGUGAGUCAUUUGAAGUCAGAAACAAAAAGACAAAAAGAGUUUUAAGCGAAUGGGAGCAAAAUAACGGAUAUGCUAGGAUGAGGGUUGGUGGGAAACACUAUCUUAAACAUGUUGUCAUUGCAACUCAUUUUAUACCGAACCCUAACAAUCUACCUUUUGUAGACCAUAUAAACCAUAUAAGAAAUGACAAUAGACUUGAAAACUUACGCUGGGUCACUUGUUCUGAAAACAAUAAGAACAAAAGCAAUUUUCGAGAUAUAGUAUUCGAAUUUGUCGACGAACUAGAAGAUGAAGCAAUUGAAAUUACAGACUAUGGUAAGCAUACGUUUGAGUUUUACUACUAUAGCGAAGAACAGGACUCUUUCUACUUUUAUACCGGCGUAAACUAUAGGAAAUUACAAGUAUGUUUUACUAAGGAAGGCUGUGCUUAUGUAAACGCUAGAGAUACAGAUGGAAAAUACAUUAGACUAUAUCUUAACAAAUUCAAGAAGCUAUAUGGCAUACCAUUUUAA